AUGGUCGAAAAUGAAAUUCACAAACAAGAACCUUAUUUGGAUCAAUUGGCUGAGAAAUUGUGUCGUGUCAUUCCCUCUCAUUAUCAGGAAUAUCAAUUAUUGUGUGAUUUAUUGAUGCAAAAUGGUUUGGAUUUGAUUGUGAAUUUAUUAUUGAAGGAUUAUACGGCGACAGAAAUAUGUGUGGGUUUAAAAAUUGCACAAUGUAAUGGUUGUAUGUUGAAAAAUAGUACCAACACUACUGCCACUUCGAUUAGUACUUCUUCCACCACUUCAACCACUACUACUACUUUUGGCAAUAACAUGAACUCAAAGAGGAUUCGAUCCAAAAUUAUGGAAAAUUCAUUAAAGAGCGAAUAUACCAUGUUCAAGUUGAGACAAGAAUUGGAAUCAUUGACAAGACAGAAUGAGAAAAUGAACAAUCAAGAUGGAAAUGGAUGGUGGAAGGUGUGGAAUGGAAGAAAUUUUUCAAAAUUAUUACCAAAAAUGGUGUUACAAAAAUUUAAUAAUGAUCCACAACGUAUGAUGGAAAAGAGAGCUCGUAUUAAACAUGCACUUCAAACGUGGGUGGUUGCUCUUGUCAUGGCACGUCGAAAAGAAAUGCAAAAAGAUCAGUCACCUUUCAAGAAAAAUGGAUUUUCAGAUUAUGUCACUCCUGUCAGUGAUGAUGAUAAAGAUUUCUUCCCUUCAAAUCACUUUUUGGUGAGAAAUGCAGAUUGGAGAGGAAUGGAUUGUGACGAUUCGAAUCCAAAUAUUAAGCCUGGAAUUUUUGAUUCCAAUCUCAAUAACAGAGACAUGAAUUGUAAUGGAAUUUAUGGAACUGAACCCAAAACAGGAAGGAGUUAUGAAAGUUUGUAUUGUAAUGCAACAGCAACAAGACAAGUCAUCAUGUUUGGUGAUUCUGCAUCAAGUGGUUUUCAUGUUCCUCCUGAAUAUUUAGAUGUUGAUAACAUGACCAAUGUUGGAUUUUUAUUGGAAGAUGAAUUUGAUUGGCCUCAAAAAUGUUGGUCCACAGGAUGGGAUAUUAAAAGUAUUGGAGAGGAUGGAUCGAUUUAUUUGAGAAUGAGACAACGUGAUUUAUGUAUGCAUAGACAAUAUCAAAAUGUUGGACACAAUGGAGGUGAGUAUUUCAAUAAUGAUUAUUCAGAGAGGCCAAUGAUGAUUCUAUAUGUGAUCAAAAUGUUGAUGUGGAUUUGUGUGUGGAAUGACUAA